AUGGAAGAGGUAGAGGAAGAAGAGACAACACAAGUCAUAAUUGAGGAUGAAGCUCAACCAACAAAGGAGACCUCCAAGGCCAAGAGAACCUUGGAAGAAGAAAUUGCUCAACCACUCCCAUUUCCAACACUUGCAAAGAAAGCUAGGAAGCGCAUAGAACUCGACCCCAAAUUGGUAGAGAUGUUCAAGAAAGUUGAGGUAACCAUCCCCCUCUUUGAUGAUAUCCAUCAAGUUCCUAGAUAUGCAAAAUUCCUUAAAGAUCUAUGCAUGAACAAGGAUAGAAUUCUUGAAUUGGAAACCAUCCCAUUGGGGAGUUCUAUUUCCGCUUUAAUGGGAGCAUUGCCUAAGAAGUGUGAUGACCUGGGCCCUUGUAUGGUCACUUGCACCGUCAAUGGAGUUCAAUUUAUAGACUGUAUGUGUGACCUCGGAGCAUGUGUUAGCAUCAUGCCACUCUCCGUCUACUGGGUAUUGAAGUUGCCACCACUAAAAAGGUCGACGACAAGAUUUGUCCUAGCGGAUAAAAGCAUAAUAACCGUGACGGGUGUUGUGGAAGACGUAUUGGUGAAUAUCAAAGGGUUGGUGUUUCCAAUUGACUUCUAUGUCCUUGAAAUGCCAUCAAGCGAAACCGAGAGAGCAUUAUCUAUCCUACUUGGAAGACCAUUCUUGAGAACUUCUAGAUUUAAGCUAGAUGCCUACUCGGGAACCUAUUCAUUUGAAAUAGAUAGGAGAGUCGUAAGUUUUAGCCUAGAAGAAGCAAUGAAGCAUCCACCGGAGAAUCACUCUCUAUUCCAGUGUGACCCAAUUGAUAACAUGGUUGCCGAAGUGCACCUUGCAAAGUUAGAUGAGAAGUACAUGAUUGAAGAAGCAAAUGAAGGUCCAAGCGAAUUAAACAUCACACACCAUACAAACCAUCCGGAAACUCAAACUUCAAAGAAUGAAAAGAAGAUGGAUUUGAAGCCACUACCACCCCAUUUAAGGUACUCAUAUCUUGAUGAAGCCCAAGAGCUCCCCGUGAUAAUCGCAAAAGAGUUAACUCCUCAACAAGAAGAAAAAUUGCUAAAUGUAUUGAGGAAAAACAAAAGGGCAAUCGGGUGGACUUUGGCGGAUCUAGUGGGAAUAAGCCCCCAAGUAUGCGAGCAUCGCAUAUUUCUUGAAGAAGGAGCAAAACCGGUCCGACAACCUCAAAGGAGGCUUAAUCCAACUAUUCUUGAGGUUGUGAAAAAAGAAGUCACUAAGCUACUUGAAGCGGACAUCAUCUAUCCUAUCUCGGAUAGCGAGUGGGUAAGCCCGGUCCAAGUGGUGCCAAAGAAAUCCGGGGUGACCACAAUCAAAAAUGAAAGCGAUGAACUUAUAGCGACAAGAGUGCAAAAUUCUUGGAGAGUAUGCAUAGACUACCGAAGUUUACCUUACCCCUCCUCCGAGAGGGAUGUCCGUUCUUUUCUUGGACAUGCAGGAUUCUACCGGAGAUUCAUCAAAGACUUUAGCAAGAUAGGCUUACCUCUCUCGCGACUACUACAAAAGGACACUGAAUUUGAGCUAAGCAAGGAAUGUAUGGAAGCAUAUGACAAACUUAAAAUAGCAUUGACACAAGCCCCUAUUGUGCGAGGACCGAAUUGGACUCAACCAUUUGAAAUCAUGUGCGAUGCCUCAAAUUAUGCAAUAGGAGCUGCGUUAGCACAACGCGAAGGUAAGAUUCCCUACAUCAUAGCUUAUGCUUCCAAAACACUAGACGGUGCCCAAUCCAACUACACUACAACCGAAAAGGAACUCCUAGCCAUUGUGUUUGCUUUGGACAAGUUCCGAGCAUAUCUUCUCGGUUCCAAGGUUGUAGUGUACUCGGAUCACGCGGCACUAAAGUAUUUGUUGACCAAAAAGGAAUCAAAACCGAGAUUAAUUCGUUGGGUGCUUUUGUUACAAGAAUUUGACUUGGAGAUCAAAGAUAGGAGUGGUUCCCAAAACUUAGUGGAGACCAUCUAA